AGAAGAUUAAGAGAUGUCAUAAUUUUUAAAACCAGUGCCAGCCUCAUCACCACCUAAAUCUAGAAAUACAAUAUCGCCAAAUACGCAAUCUAAAAGUCCAUAUUACAACGAAUUGCAGCAAGGUUCUAUUUGUUUGAGUUUUAGGAUCGACUUUACAGAAAUCCUAAUAGAGUCUAAGGAACUCCCAUUACAUUAGUAAGUUUGAGAAGAGCAUCGAUAUGGAUAUGAAACAAAGCAAUACCUUUAAUAAUCCAGAAUUUGAGAUUAAGAAAUUAAUGAAUUUAGUGGAAUUGCAAUAGCAUGAAAUAAAUAACUGGAAACGUCGCUAUGAACAAGCAGAGACACGAGUAAGAUCUAAUUUCUAAGUAUUAUAGUGUAUCACAUCUGAUCAAACUUAAACAAUGUUGGAAUAUGAGAAACAUUUGGAUCAAUUGACCAGAGAAUUAAAAAAUUCUAUAUAAUAGAAUGACGAACUCAACAAUAAAUUGAGAGACAAGGAUACCCAAUUGCUUCGAUUGAAUAAAUAGAUAGAUAUUUAGAAACAAUAAUUGAAUGAUUAUUCAUCUGAAUUAAAGUAUCUUUAACAUGAAAAGGUGAACUAGGAUAAGGAUGCAUCAAUCCAAUUGUAUCAAAAGGAUUAGAAAUAUAAUUAAAAUUUAUAAGAGAUCUAAUAAGCACAUUUAGAACAAUUACAAUUAAUGGAUGAUUAAAUUUAGAAAUUAUAAGAUGAAUUAGUGAGAAGAAAUCAGGCCAUUGAGUUUUAAAAAUAAGAGAUUGUCUAAUUGGAUAAAAUUGUAAAUGAAAUUAAGACAGGAGAAAAGAAUUUGAUGUAACAAUUGGAGUCUCUAAAAGUGAAGUAUUCGGAACUAUAGGAGGAAAAGAAAAGAGAAGUCAAUAAAUUAAUAUAAUAAAAUGAAUAAUAAGUGAAAUCACAAGAAAAAGAGUUUCUGGAUGAGAAGGAUUGUUUAGUGGAUAGGAUUGGAUAACUUUAAUAUGAGAAUAAUAUUUUAAAUUAAUAAAUCCUAGAAUAGUAGAGUAAUUAAUUAAAAUUAUAAAAUAGAUUUAAUCUAAGGAAUGUAAGAUGAGAUAUAAUCACAAGUGGAAUAGAAUUGCAACUUAUAAGAGUAGAACCAGUUGAGCACCCAGGAUUUAGAUUAAAAGUAUAGAAAAUCAGUAUCAGAAAUAAAGAUGGAAUAUCAAUAAUAGAUUAAUAAAUUGUUACAAGAGAUUUAAAAAUUGAAUUAACAAUUGGAUUAAACCUAAAGUUAAUUAUAGUAAAGCUCAUAAUUGAAUUAAGAAUUGUAGAUUGCACUAGAAAAUUUGAAUUAGCAUCAUUAGACUACAACAAAUUAAUUAAAGCAAGUGUAGAAUGAUUAUGAUUCUUUGCAAUUGCAAUAUGACAAUGACGUUUAAGAGUAGAAUUAAGAUAUUGAAUAAUUAAACGACUAGGUUAAUCAAUUGAGUGAACUAUUGGAAUAGAGAUCAAACGAAUUCGAUGAAUGCAGAUAAUAGAAGGGAUAGUUAGCCUUAAGAAAUAAUGAGAAUAAUGUAAUAGUAAAUGUAAUUAUUAGUUAUUGAUACAAAGAUUGUAAGUGGAGUUGGAAUGUCAGAAAUAGAAAUUGAUUGAGAUACAGAAGUAAUAGGAGGUAUCAGAAUAAGUGAAGGAUGAAAUCAAGAGAUCUCAGAUUGAAUAGAUCAAGAGAUAGAUGGAGUCGUAGGUUGAGAUUUUAGAGAGUGAGAAUAGAACUCUGAGAUACUAGAUAGAGAUGAAGAAUAGAGAAUGUGAGGAGUGGAAACAAUAGUAUACUAGAAAUUAAUGA